AUGGCAGAUCAUCCACGGUCAUCGUCGCAGGAAUUCCAUAGCAUUCUUGGCCUUGGAGCAGUCUGCAAAGCAUACAAAUCUUUUGUUUCAAAAUGCUAUCCAGACAAGAAUUCAUCUCUUAGGAAAGCAGAAAUUGAAGAUAAGCAAAUUGACGAAGCCUACAAGGCUUUUAACGACAGAAAUCAUGACGAGAAUGGCGAAGGAAUUCGUGGUGGUGAUCCUAUAUCCCCUAGAGGUGGCUUCAAGCGUCGAAGUGUUGAUAAUUACAUUUCCUCCCAACAUUCUUCUCUCUCAAGCCCUUCGGUGUCUAGAAGCGGAAGCCGGAGGAAUCGAGAAUCAACACCCACAGGUGCAGCCAAUCUCUUGAGAAACGCGAGCCGGAGAAGCAGUGUCGAUGCAACAACCUUCAAUGGCUCUCUCUCUAGAAGUGCCAGCAGGAGGAGCUCCACACCCAUUAUGUAUUCCAACUCAAAUGGGCUUAUUAAACUUCCUGCUAUUGAGAUGAAGCUUGAAUGCACACUAGAGGAGUUGUGCUAUGGAUGCAUCAAGAAGAUCAAUAUCAUAAGGGAUGUUGUUACAAAUGACGGGCAAAUAGUACAAGAAGAGGAAGUGUUAACAAUCAAAGUGAAGCCAGGAUGGAGGACAGGAACGAUAAUAACAUUCGAAGGCAUGGGAAAUGAAACUCCAGGCACUUUACCAGCAGACAUAACCUUUGUGAUUGUAGAAAAAUGGCACCCAUUGUUCAAGAGAGAAGGGGAUGAUUUAGAACUGGCACUUGAAAUUCCUCUAGUCCAAGCUCUCACCGGUUGCACCGUCUCGAUUCCAUUGGUCGGAGGAGAGAAGAUGAGCUUGACAAUGGAUGAUAUUCUGUACCCUGGCUAUGAAAAGAUCAUUGCAGGACAAGGAAUGCCAAAGCCUAAAGAGCAAGGAAAGAGAGGAAACUUGGUAGUCAAGUUCUUGAUUGAGUUUCCAGUGGAACUUACAGAAGAACAGAGAUCUGAAGUUUUUAGUAUUUUACAGUCCUCUUGCUGA